CGACGUCGUAAGCGUAAAAGUCGCUGGGGCGGCGAUGACCGCGAGAAGGUGUUCAUACCGGGAAUGCCGACGAUCAUUCCGUCAAACUUGACCAAAACACAGGAGGAGAUUUAUAUCUUGCAACUGCAAAUUGAAUCCAUCACGCGACGUCUACUGACCGGCGAUCUGGGCAUUCCGGAGAAUCCCGAGCAAAGGUCUCCAUCACCUGAGCCCAUUUACAAUUCCGAAGGUAAACGCCUCAACACGCGCGAGUAUCGUACGAAGAAAAAGUUUGAAGAAGAACGUCACGGGCUAAUUACGAAGAUGACCGCCAUCAAUCCGUCGUACAAGCCGCCAUCUGACUACAAGCCUCCACAGACUAAAAUUUGCGAGAAGGUGUUGAUUCCACAGGACGAGUACCCGGACAUUAACUUUGUCGGUCUGAUCAUUGGCCCACGCGGCAACACGCUGAAGGGAAUGGAGCGAGAUUCUGGCGCCAAGAUCAUCAUCAGAGGUAAAGGUUCGGUCAAGGAGGGUAAACUAGCACGCAAGGACGGACAGCCUUUGCCCGGAGAGGACGAACCGCUGCACGCCUUUGUCACCGGGCCCACGCACGACUCGGUGGUGCAGGCUGUCGGCAAGAUCAACGAGGUCAUUCGCAAGGGCAUUGAACUGCCGGAGAAUCAGAACGACCUCCGGCGCAGUCAGCUGCGCGAGCUCGCCCUCCUCAACGGCACACUGCGCGAGAAUGACGGCCCGCGGUGCACGAACUGCGGCUCGAACAACCACCGCUCCUGGCAGUGUCCUGACAAGCCCAACAUUACCAACAACGUCUUCUGCACGAACUGCAACGGCGUCGGCCACAUUGCCAAGGACUGCAAAGAGCAGCGCAACGGCGAUGGCAGUGCCGGCGGUGGUGGUGGCGUCAAUGACGCCAAGAUCGACGAGGAGUACCUGUCGCUGAUGGCUGAGUUGGGCGAGGCGCCGCCACCGCCGCCCUCUUCUCGCUACCAGGGCCAGCACAGUCAGCAACAGGGAGGAGGUGGUGGUGGUGGUGGUCAUCACGGCGGUGGUCACCACUAUCAUAAUCGGCAUCAUGAACCGUUGAAUAUUCCACCACCCCCGCCUCCACCGCCUCCCCCACCGGCGUCGUCUGAUUCUCGAGGUGGAGGUGAUCGCUCUCCGCACGAUCACCACCAGUCGCACCACCACCCGCAUCAUUCUCAGCAGCACCGAGGUGACCAUCACCACGGGGAUCACCACCACCAGCAGCAUGGUCACCACCAUCAGCAACACUGGGGCAACAAUGGCGCCGAUGCGGCGGCGGGCUCUUCAGCGGCGUCCUCAGGGGCAGGCAAUGGCGCAGCUUCUGCUGCCGCCGAUCCUUGGGCAGGCUACGCCUCUGCCGGCUACGGCGUGGCCGGUGCUGAUCCAUAUGCCGCCGCCUACGCUGCUCAGAUGUGGAAUCACUGGGGCACGGCGUCGGCGGCAGUGCCACCACCUCCUCCUCCAGCUGACUCGAAGGGUGCCACGGCUGCAUCCUCGUCGGCUAACGGCGGAGCCAGUUCGGCAGGGCAGUACGCCGGCUACGAUCAGUGGAGUCAGUACGCGCAGUGGUACGCCGCACAGACUGCUGCCACCGGAGGAGGAGGAGGAGGGGCUGCAUCGGGUGGUGCGGGCAUUCCUGCGCCCCCACCACCGCCUCCGCCCCCACCUCCACCGCCACCACCGGGACACUAA